AUGGCAUCAAGUGAAAUUAGUGAACAACCAUGUUUAAUUUCUGCUGUAGAAUUAGUCGGUGCAGGUGGAUAUGAUAAACUUCGAAUUAAAAAAACUUCAUAUCGAGCACCAAAUCCUAAUGAAGUAGUCAUACGUGUUAAAUUUGCUGGACUCAAUUUUGCUGAUUUAAUGAGACGGCAAGGUCUCUAUUCACCAGCACCUAAAUUUCCAUAUGUUCCUGGUUUUGAAGCAUCAGGUAUUGUAGAAGCAAUUGGCUCAAAUGUUUCUGAGUUGGCUGUGAGUGACCGUGUUGUUGCAUUUGCUGGUGAUGGUAUGUGGGCUGAUGUUGUAACUCUUCCAAGUGAUCAUUGCUUUAAAAUACCUGAUAAGAUGUCGUUCGAAGAAGGAGCUGCUUUACUUGUUAAUUAUAUAACUGCCUAUCAAAUCUUAUUUGAAUUUGGAAAUUUACGACCAAAUAAAAGCGUACUUAUACAUAUGGCAGCAGGUGGUGUUGGUAUUGCGGCUAUUCAAUUAUGUAGAACAGUUGAAAACGUAACAGUUUUUGGAACAGCUUCAGGUUCAAAACAUAAUAUUAUCAAAGAAGCAGGAUGUACAUAUCCUAUUGAUUAUCAUACACAAGAUUAUGUAACUGAAAUUCGCAAAAUUUCACCAAAAGGUGUUGAUAUAAUUAUGGAUCCAUUAAAUGGAGAAGAUAGUGUGCGUGGUUAUAAUUUACUUAAACCAUUUGGUAGAAUCAUUUAUUUCGGUGCAUCAAAUGUUACUGCUAGUGGUGAAAAUCGUUCAUUAUUAACAGCAUUUAAAACUUGGUAUAAAUGUUUUUCAACAAAUUCAAUAUCAAUUCUAUCAGAUAAUAAAAGUAUUGCUGGUUAUCAUCUAGGUUAUUUAUUAAAAGAUCUUGAUAGUACAAAAGAUAUAGCAUUGAAUACUAUACAUGAAUUAUUUCGAUUAUAUAAUGAAGGUGCAAUCAAACCAAAAAUAGAUACUAUUUAUCCAUUGUCAAAAGUUGGUGAAGCUAUGCAACGUAUGCAUAAUCGACAAAAUAUUGGCAAAAUUUUAUUACAACCUGAUGAUGAAACUAAUGCUAACAAGAAUGAUCAUACAACUAGUGAACAAGAACAAGCACAAGAAAAAAUUGAAUGA